GGGAAAGCAUCAGCCUCGGGCUGGGCCAGAGCAGAGAUGGGCUUCUGGCUUCGUCAGGUGCCCCAUUUCCAGGUGAAGGAGAUAAUGCAGAAGCGCAAACGCCAGCAGGCAAGGCUGGGCCCGGGAACCUACAACAUCAAGGACUUUCUGCAGGAGACACGUCCCUGCAGCCUCCGGGGAAUCUGUGACACCAGGGAGCGGCGGUUCAGAGAUACCCACAGGCUGAGCACUGUCACUGUCAAAAGUUUCCUGGACAAGCUGAUGUUGAAGGAGAACAAGAAGAAAGGCUGCUUCAGCACCCUGCCGAGGAACCCGAGCUGCCCCACGGAGAGGAUCUUCUGGGCCACGCUCAGUCAGUGCCCAAGGAAGGCGUAGGUGGUGGGGCCGGGCUCCUACAAUCCAAAGCCCAUUGAGAAGUCAGUGUUCUCCAGCCAUCCCCCAUUCUGGUCAUCUGCCAAGAGAUUUGACAGAAAGUCCUACCGCCUCUUUACUGGGAACGAGCAGUAUCAGCAGCACGUUGCAGAGCCAGGGCAGAACCCUGUAGGUGUUGGUCGCUACAACAUCACCGAGCAUGAAAAACACCGUCAGAAGAUGAGAUACCAGUCCCUGUACCAGUGUGACGCACAGCGGUACCUGAGCAACUUGAAGCGGGAUGCCUACUUGCUCGAGCGGCUCAAGCCUGCUGCUAAGAACAACGGGAGUGAUUUGAUUUAUUGUCCAAGAUCCCUCUGA